GUGGGAAGGCUCAUGUCUCUCACCUGGGAGGGGGUGGCAGUCACACACACGCUGAACAGACAGCUGACUUCCUUCAUCAGAGUAAAAAGAUGCUUUCACCAAGCACCUUGGACCAAAUGAAUCAGUGUGAGAAACACUGAGGGGAUUGUGCUCUGGGAGCCAGUCACAACAGUCUUCCUUGUUCCUGGUUUAAAUGACGACAUUCCACUUAGCUACUGAGCCGUGACUGCUGCCAUUGUUUUUCACCAAAGAAAGAAAACCUACUGCAGACAAAAUGCGUGACAUGCUGGAGAGGCUGCACACCAUCAGUGAGGAGCAGGAGGACAACGAUCCAGAGUGUUAUGGCCUUGAGUAUGACAUAGACAAGAUGACUCUGUCUCAACAGGCAGUGGUGUUUGAGAACUCCUCAGCUAUCGACAGCAUCCUGAAGGAGGCCCACUCCAUACGGAAGGAGAUCUCCUUGCUACGCCUUGAGGUACAGCGUUUGAGCACACACAAUGAACGCUUUGGCACCUCUAUGCGACGCUUCACCCUACUCAAAAAGGACUCUGACGCAAUCGCCAGGGGGAUCCAGCAACGUGGUGAGGCCCUGUAUGUCCGCCUGCAGGCUCUGGGUAAGGAGAGCAGCGAGCUGGAGGAGAAGGAAGGUCAGAACUGCGCCGUCAGCCGCAUUGCCCGAGUUCAGUACGACACACUGACCCGAGCCUUCCACACCACCAUGAGUGACUACAACAAGGCCGAGGAGAUGCAGAAGAGUACAUGUCGGGGGAGGAUCCAGAGGCAGGCUUCCAUUUUGGGUACUGAAAUCACAGACGAGCAACUGGACGUGCUGGUGGACAAAGGUGGUGAGGGAUGGGCAGAGCUGUCCCAGAGUUUGCCGACAGAAGGCGCACGCUCAUGCCGGUGGGCGAUGUGCGAGAUUAAAGGCAGACACAAGGAGCUGGUGGAGCUGGAGGCCAGGAUGAAGGAGGUCCAUGAACUGUUCCUGAACAUGGCCGUGCUGGUGGAGGAGCAGGGAUGCAUGCUCAAUAACAUCGAGAGCAAUGUGUGUCGCACUGAAGAAUAUGUGGAAAAAAUCAACGUUCACAUCAAGAGGGCUUUACAGUACAAGAAGAAAAAUCCUUUUCGACAGUGUUGUCCCUGUCUACCCUGUUGGAGACACAACCAAACAUUUUAGGACUUAUUUUGACUUUAUGCAAUUGAAUGGAUCACUGAAAAACUAAUAGAAAUGUUUACCAAUGCUGACAGUAAUGGCCAACUGAAACGGAAUGUUAUGAAUGUGCUUUAUUCAUGGUAAAUCCAACCCCUGAAGAGUAGCACACUACAUUUCUUUACCUGAAGCUUUAAACUGUUCAAGGUUUGGAGUUACCAGCUGUCUAAAAUUUGAUUUACAGAAAAAUAAGAGAAUUAAUCUAAUUGUGAGUGUGUGUGCAUGAGAGAAGUUUACAUUUUAAAAGGAUGGUAUUUUAAUUUAAGUCGAAACACUGAACAUUUUGAGCAGUUCACUGAUAUGCAAAAUAAAUUCUGUUGUAAAUUAAACCCAGUUUGUCGUCACUGGCAGAACAUCAGUUUAGUCAGCUGGGUCAUGUGGGAAAGGUUCACAUGCUCCUCAGAAAUUCAGAAGAAUUGGAGUCACGAGAGUGAUCAGUGGCAGCAUGUAAGGAGGCUUGGUAAAUUGCAGCUGGUGCUGCUACAUGAGAUUCAAUAAGAAGAGCUGUGACUAUGCAGAAAUGCAGUAAAUGAUAAAGGUCACAAAGAGGAUACAUGCUGAGGUUACCUGUAGUCAUCGAAAUCUCAUUCUGGUUUGUUGUAAAUGGAAGAAAGUAAGCCAAGACAUUAUUGUGAGAGAGUAAAAUUGCCAAAGAUGAUGAGAGGUGUAUCAUGUUGGUGACAAAAAUUCUUUAAGUCUUGCAAGCCUGGUUUAAAAUAUCAAACUGAAUAUUGAUAAGAACUGCAAUUAUAGGCUGAGCAGUGUACAAACAUGGUAUCUGUCACACAGUGAAAUCAAGUUUAAAAGUAGAGGAAUGACAUCUAUUUCCUCAUUGAAGAAUGGGGAAAAAUCUGCUCUAGCGUUUUUCUUUGUUUCUGAAAAAUAACCAUCUGAUACACAGAAACCACAUCGGUGUAGCCAAACUUAAUGUGUUUGGGACAAAAAUAAGCUAUUGGGCUCCUCUAAAUACUCCUUUCCACUCCCCUUGAUGCAGUGUGUGUACUUUUUUUCUGGUAUCUUACAUGACCCCAGGUUUAUUGUGUGGUAAUUUGAUCAAAAAUGAAUUUAUUUGGACUAUGCAACAUAGAAAGCACUGCAUCAGGGACAAUUACAACACAGUGAACUGAGGGUCUGGAUCCUAGGACCAGUUGCUCAGAAUAAAAACAGAUAAAAUCACGUAAGGUAGACAUUCUACCCUCUCUUCUAUUACUAUUAUAUUAAAGCUACAUUUAAU